AUGUCCCGUGUCGCCCGUAUGUGCUUUGCGCCCUUGGAUCGCGACGCAGAGGGCGCGCGCCCCAGUAUAUCGGAGGCGGCAGUCGGAUGCCGCGCUGUGGCGCCUCGGCGGGCCCUUCGCAUUGGACGUCUGCCAGCCCAAGACCCUGGCCAAGGCGGGCGCCCGGCAGCUGAGAUCGCGCCCGUGACGGGAAUAAGAUCUGGGCGUGCAGGCCACCGCACGACGACAUUGGUGUUGCGUGCCUGGCAACGUUGGCGCUGUCUGGGCGAAAGUCGCGAUGGUCAAUGGGAGGGUUUGUUCGCGUCUUUCCGGCUGAAGUCGCGGCUGAUCGUCAAUCGCUGUGGGCGGCCGCUCCUUCCCCGCCAGGUUGCAGCGGGGGAAAAUGGCAGGCGAGCUACCAGCGAGCGUCGCACCGCACCUUGCUCGGCCCAAGCCCAGGCCCAGGCUGGCAAAAGAGGCAGCACCCGCCGCAGUGAGAUUGGCGGCGCUAAGAGUUUUCCCAGCGGCGUCCACGCUGCUCCCGCCAACAACCUUGACGUUAAGCUUGACCGGAACCGGCAAACAAAGUGUGGCUGUUCUGAGGCCAGAGGCAGUCGAUCCGAGAUUUCCCACUCAGGCGGCCUCACCCAUCCGUGCUCGACUCGACCACCCGCCGCCGCCGCCGUCACUUGUCUGCUGCGACCUACGCCUGCGGUGACGCGGCAGGACGCCAAGGAGCGUUAUCUUCCUGUGUCGGAGGCCCACGAGAAGGCACGGAUCACGAUAAAUGUCGCAUUUCCUGGGGAACGCGCCUUGGCAAGCACAAGUUCUCCGCAACGUUGGGGCGGUCCAAACGUGCUGGACAGGCAUCGCAGGCCGGGGAAAACACGAAGCCGGUCUUUCCCGUCAGCCAAGCCUGCUGAGGCCAAUGAUCCCUGGGAACAGUACGUAAAACAGAGUGCCACCGGAGCCUGGCAACCUGGGGAAGCCAGACUGACUGUGGGGAGAAAGGGGACCGGACGGCUUGACCUGGGUCCCCCGGAGCGAAGGCGCGCAGGUGCCAUCGCCGUCUUGGAAAACGUCCACAGAGGCGGAUUGUGGAAACGCUUGCUAGCAGGGAGGGAUCAAAAACAAGACAAAUCGAAUCCACGGGCGGGAGCCAAUCCAGCGCCGGCAGGUGGAAACAAGCUCACGAGGAUCACCACGCCUCGUCUCCUCUCAUCGCACUCUUCACCCCAAACGCGCAGCAUCGCCGGUGUGUGCGGGCUCCACCCGGAGGGCCCUUUCUAG